AUGCUCUCCACUCUCCCUGCUGAGAUUCUCCUCCUCAUUGCAGGCUACCUAACACGCCGCAGUGAUAUCCUCAGCAUCGCUUCAUGCUCUCGUCGCUGCCACGCAUUGCUUUACCCGCAAGUCCUCACAGGUCUCCAUUACCAUAAGAGAUUCAUCAAGCGUCAACUAUAUCGCCUCAUCCGCUUAGUUACUCAGAAUCCUCGCCUUGCCAAAGCGGUCCGUGUUCUGCGUCCCACGGAAAGGAAUGGUUUCGAACCCUUUUAUGACAUCCAAUAUGAUCGCGACACAAUCCGAUCAUUACUUAAAGCGGCUGCAUCUGCAUCUGCCAUCGAAGAGAGCGAAGUCCUAGCAUGGGAGAUGAAGCUGCGGAACAUUAACGGAGUAGGGAUGGGACUUGGCCCGUGGUUCGCGCUACUACUGUCGCUCCUCCCAAACCUGAAGGAGCUGGCUCUGAGCGUCGAACGCCCUUGGUGCGAAGACACGCACAGAAUUUUACGCAAAGCCAUUGAGAAUCCAGGUUCUCAUAUAUUCUCCCGGUUGGAAAAGCUCAGGCUCGAUAUUGAUUUCUCCUAUGCGGAGCGCGCGGACGGUCUUGAGCUUCAUUCAACGCUGGAGUCGUUUACGUACCAGUAUAUGGAUACCAUACAUAAUACACCCAAGGAUGUCAUCAACCCAUCAUCCUUCUACGAACCGUUAUACAAACAUAGGGAGAGCAUAGAGGAAAUCGCGGUACACUACUACGAAUGGGUGAAUGGUAACACUAACUUUGGUCAUACCUUUGAUCUGAGAUUCGUGGGUUCAUUCGUCGACUUUCCUGUCCUGAAAAAAUUACGCAUGACCGGCUACAACAUCUUGGACUGGGUUGAUCCGUGGACGCCUGGAAAUGGCGCAAGAAAUACCCUGCUGGAUGUGCUCCCGCGCUCUCUGGAGGCCCUCACUAUCGAAGGAUACGACCGUUGCGACUAUGAAUAUUUCACCGCAGAACUGGAAAAGCUCGUCCGGGACGCCGAAACCCACUGGCCAAACCUAGCUGUACUACAAAUCCAGGAAUACUUUCAGUAUGAGGGCAACCACAGGCUGCCGGAGGGUCGUGGACCUUAUGAGAUGACAAGAACUUGGCUGCCCUGUGCCGCAGCAAGGGCAUUCGUUUCUAGCAUUGGUAUCCUUUUGAUGAAGGAACCGGCAGCCGGAAACACCUGCAUGACAGUCAGCUAUUUCUCCAUGGAGAGGACGUCAGCGAGUUGGAAGUUACGGGCGAUUUUGUGGGAGCUUGCUGCAGGCAAUGGGAGCUAG